AGCUACCGUGAGCCGUCGAGGCCAAUCGCGUGAAGAUUUCGAUCUUGUCAUGUCAAGCAGGACUUCUCCCCGUAUAUAGCCAGUUCGUUAGCAGAGAGGCGCGAGCCUGAACCUGCAUAUUGUGCGCAUAUCUAGCGUCCUGUAGCGUUUUGCCCUGCAGCAGUUACGCAUCAAUGCGACUGCGCCUUGUGGUGUUGCGCAGACUGCAAGGCAACCAUGUUUUGGCAGACUACAUCGCGCGACCUGCUACAAACCGUUGCCACGAGUAUGUUGUAAGGCGAGCGUAGAGUUCCACCGCCGCAUUGUUCGUUUAUUCUUACAGCGAGCAUUCUCGGCUCUCACGACGCCAUGGCGGAGAAUGCGAACGAGACGUCGGGCGAGGUAGGGCGAGAACGGCGCAGGACAAACACAGUGAGCAGCGUUGCGCAUAGCGUGCACUCUGCUACGCAUACAAUCACCUCGGCGGCGUCGGAACUCCUGUUGCGGGAUCCACCACCGGGAUUCUUCGCCGCGACGGCGCAGGUGGUGUCGCAUGCGCCGACCGUGGGCGAAAUCAGAAGAGGCAGCUUCGGCGCGGAUGGAUGGCAUGCGAAUCGUCAACAACUCGAUCGGCAGCGAAGGAAUAGCCAUGGGGAAGCGAAGCGAAAGCUACGGAGGGUCUCCGUAGGCGAUGCGGCGGAGCGCAAUGGAGACGGUGAACCCAAGGCGUUUCCCGCAUUGACGGAAGAAGAGAGCCAAGGCGCAAGCACCGAACCUCCGACUCAGGACAAUGAGCAGAAACACCCCGACGCGAACACGUCGAGACGCGCCGAUCACGACCGAAUACACCGCCUUGACCGCGAUCGCAGAGUCUCCUCGUCAGGUUAUGUUCCACCACCAACCAUACCAUGGACCACCUCCGCCCUCGUCGCACUCAAGGCGUUUGGGAAAUGGUUGCUUACACCCUUCGGGUUCCUCAUUACCAUUUAUGGCCUCAAUGUAGUCGCCUGGGGCGGCAUGCUUUUCUUGUUGCUGUGCAACGCCAGUCCUGCGAUUAGGUUUCCACGAUAUAACAACUGCAACGACAUCAACAGUCCACGCCGCAUUUGGAUUGAGAUCGACAGUCAGAUUCUCAACGCGCUCUUCUGCGUCACAGGGUUCGGACUGAUACCUUGGCGCUUCCGCGACUGGUGGUACCUCCUCCUUUGGCGUUGCACGGGUGAGAAGCGCAGUGGGUUGGAGAACAAGCUGUACGGCUUGCGCAAAUUGGCAGGCAUUUACCGAGGCUGGGUUCGACUGCCUGGGUCAGGCACCCUCGACGAGCUAACUUUCCCAGAGUACGGCAAUCUGGCGUCAGCUGAUGGUGCUCACGACCUACGGCUCCCAUUACCACUCUCCAAACGGCCAGACGAGCCUUUGACUGGCAUCCGUGCCCCACCGACUGCACUGUGGAAGAUUGACUUUUUCGUCUACUCGCAGGUAGCUAACACCUUCUUGCAAGCGUGCCUUUGUGGCUUCAUGUGGGGCAUGACACGCUACAACCGUCCGUCUUGGGCGACCGGAUUCUUCAUCGGCAUAGCAUGCGUUGUGGCUGCGCUUGGCGGCCUUCUGAGCUACCUUGAAGGCCGGAAAGUGAAGCGCGUGGAAGGCGUACGGGCUCCUCAUCCGACGCGCGUCGCAACAGAGGAGGACUUUGGCGAGCCAGUCGUGGCCGAGAAGGAAAGCCUGCAUAUACAUACCGAGAAAGGCGACGCCGCCGUGUGA